GAUUUAGAAUCUUCUGUUAGAAAUGAUCAUUUCCAUGUAGUAUCUUGGAGCCAUUUGGAAGAACAUUCGUAGAGUAAAACCAAUUGGUAUCAGGUGAAUAAUCAUGGAAAAUACAAAUGAAUACUUAUUAAACUUUAGAGGCUAUAAUUUUGAACGCACUUUAGUUGACAUCGAGUUCCUUAAAAAUAUAGAAGAUUUUGAAAUUAGGGAUGAUGAUGUUUUUGUAAUUACAUAUCCAAAAUCUGGUACUAUAUGGUGUCAGCAGAUACUCAGUUUGAUUUUUCACGAGGGGCAUCGCAACGGGACUGAAAACAUAGAAACACUAGAUAGAGUCCCUUACUUUGAAUACAAUAUUCGUAAAUUGGACUACGUCAAAAGAUCAUCACCUCGCCUCUUCUGCACCCACAUUCCAUAUUAUUUAGCACCUAGAGGCUUGAAGAGCAAAAAAAAUAAAAUGCUUUAUAUCUACAGAAAUCCUAAAGAUGUUAUGGUCUCAUUUUUUCAUUUUUCAAAUUGGAUGGUUAAAUUAGAAGCCCCAGAUACCAUAGAAAACUAUAUGAAAACGUUUCUAGAUGGAAAAGUGGUAGGAAGCCGGUGGUUUGAUCAUAUUAGAGGCUGGUAUGAACACAGACAUGACUUCAAUAUUCUGUUCCUGAGCUAUGAAGAAAUGAAGAAGGACCUCAGAAGUUCAGUGAUGAAAAUUAGCAAAUUUUUCGAAAAAAAACUGAGUGAAGAAGAUAUAGAUGCUGUGGUGAGACAGGCUACAUUUCAGAAAAUGAAGUCUGAUGAGCGAGCAAAUUAUCUUACCAUUUCACAAAAGGAAAUUGGGACAAGAAACAAUGAUGGACAUUUUUUGCGCAAAGGCAUUGUGGGCGACUGGAAACAUCACUUCACUGUGGCGCAGAAUGAAAGGUUUGACAGAAUAUUCCAGAAGAACAUGAAAGACUUUCCCUUGAAGUUCAUCUGGGAUUUAAAUGAGGAGUAGAAUUGUAGUCACAGCGUGGAAGAAAAAAAAAGCAGCCAGGAAAAAAUCAUUUUAAAUCAUUAUUACAAAGCUAUCUUAAUGAACAAAAUCAGUAAUCUAUGCUUAGAACUUUACUUGACAUGAAAUUAUUGAAUGCCUUGAAAUUUCAAAAAUUGAAUUGAUUUGGGAGAUAAGCAGCAUUGGAACCCUGAACAAAAAUGAUCCAACAUAUUGCAUAGAACAUGACUCG